CUGUCCCUGGUCCCUCUGCAUCAUAUUUUUAUCCGAGGAGAGAAGCUCCGAUUGAACUGCACCCCACCGGAAAGGCAGAGGGCAGAGGAAUUCCUGUUCUAUAAAAUGACGCCAGGUGGUAAAUGGGCCCUGCAGAGACAGCAGCAAGAAGACAGCUGGGAGAUCUCCACAGCACACCUGGAACCGCAGAAUACAUUCAUCUGUGUUUACAAAGGAAAAAAUGAUGCGGGAGUACCUGUUCAGUCUGCACAAAGUGACCAUCGUGAGGUCACCAUCACUGAGCUCCAACCGGCAGCCCUUUCCCUGGAUCCAGAGUAUCCCGUGUACCUCCAAGGGGAAAAAGUCACCCUGACUUGUUCUGCUCCAGAGGAGGUAGAGGCGGCCGGAUACGUCUUUUACAAAGAACAGCGAGACCAGACCUUCAAGGAGCUCCCCUCUACAGGCCAAGGGCCCUAUAAAACAUUCAAGGUGUCCCAAAACACUGCUGGGAAGUACAGCUGCACCUACUGGACGCUGCUUUCCGAACAGGAGAUCUGGUCCCCGCACAGCGGCCUCGUCUCUGUAGCUGUGACAAAGCGCCUCCGUACCCCGGUCCUUUCUGUGUCCCCAAAGCGAGAGGUCUACAGAAGCGGGGAGUUCAUAAACUUCACAUGCUCGGUUUCUGACAGUCGUCCUGUGACAAAGAUCAUGUUUCAUAAAGACGACCGGCGCCUGCAUGAACCCCACCAACUCUCAUCCUCUCCGAACAGGAACACGUACACGUUACGCCUCUCACCGCAAGACAGUGGAAGGUAUUCCUGUACAUAUCAUGUUGUGGAAUCUGGGCGGGAGAUCCAGUCGACGAAAAGCAACAACACCCAUAUUUCUGUGAUGGGACCAGACUCCUCCACCGCUGUCCCGGACGCUCACACCCAUGGAAGCAAAAGGAGAGUCACCAGAUCUCCUGCAGCUGCAACCACAUCGCCUUUACAAGUCACCUCAUCCCACCCGGUUACGGAGGAGAGCUCCCCCUCCGCCGGACCUGACAGACCAGCAACCUCCCCGCCCAGCUCUUCACAGUCAACAUGCUCUGAGGUUCUUUCUGCGUUUCCCAUCACCGGCGCAGCAACCGAGUCCUUUGUGCCCAACUUUUCCAGAACUACAUCCCACGUCGGAGUAUCCAGCAGCAUCAGCCCUUUUCCGGACUCCGCAACGCCAUUCACGAGCAGCGGCGGCCCCAGAUCAGCCUCACAGCCGACGACAGCAUCCGAGGCUAAAAAUGAAAAUGGCACACAACCUCUUGUGGUAGGCUGCAGUGGUGCCGCAGUGCUGUUUCUGGCGUUCGUCGUCUGGCUCUUCAGAAAGAAACGGAAAGGAAACAGCAGGAGACUCUCCAGGUCCUUCUGGAAAUCCUUGAAGGGUCCCCAUUCCAGGGGAGUGAGCCGAAUCAACUGUCCCAGCAGAAUGCACCUAGAACUCCAGGAAAAAGCCAAGCCACGAGAAGUGGACCAAGACUGGGGGAUCCUGCCCAAAUCUAAACCGGUGUCGUCCAAAGGUGGGGACCCGGCCAUACAGAACCAGGUGAACGACGAUGCUGACUCCGGAGCAGAAUUUGAAUUCCCAGAUCUAGACCCGACUUACACCCUUCUUGGCUACGCUUGUUCAACAUUCUUCCUAGCAGAAAGCGACCUACCUGCUGAGGACAGUCACGUAUAAUUUAUGAUCGGCCCUCCCUGCAGACAGUUUCGUUCUGGACCCUCUUCUCUCUAGGGCUAGAUUCCCAGAAACCAAAGCGGAAACGUACCGUUUGAGAUGCCGUUUGGUUUUUGACUGAUUGUACAUUCGUCCCCACUGCCCCGCCCCGCCCCCAGUAAUCCUCCCCCAAGUAACACCCUUUAGAGAAGAAAGGGAAAACGAGACUUUAAAAAUGUCAUAUAAACGCUUAAAGCCAAUUAAAUGUCGAAAUAAUAUUCAAUUCCCCUAGAGCUAACAAGUCCAGGUCGGGGAACCGUGCCCAUACGUUAACUCAGUCCAAAACUCCCCUGAUACAAAGAUGGCCUCCAGAAGGAUGAAAAGAGAUGGUCAAAAAUUCUCAAGAAUAUUGAGAAUUUUAUUCUGAAUCAAAACGUUCAGAAUAAAUAUGGUGUUCACAACCUAGCCGUGGCUUGCAAUUAUAUCUUUCUUUCUUUUUAAAAAAAAGAUGGGGAUGUUUUAUUAUAAGGGGCCUUAAACCGGGAGAAAAGGUGGGGUAGAAAUGUUUUAAUAAAUAAUACAUAAAUAAAAUACUUUGAUCAGAUAAACAGGGCCUUACCAUUGUGGGCCCCUGAGUGUUUUCCG